CUGUCCCAUGACUAUUUAGGGCAGAUACGUUUUAAAUUAAAAGUUAUUAACCAGCAAUAUCUGAACGCGCAGGCAAGCUUGAGCGUUUGACUUCGAGUAAAAGGCCGGUAAAUCUGUACUUCUGCCCUCAAAGACAAAAACAAUCGAGAUGAACACAAUUCAAAUGGCAGGAUUUGUUUUCUACGUUAUGCUCAGCAUAACUUUAAGCAGUAGUAGUCCCUUAGAGAGAAUAAAACGUUCCUUAGGAGCUGGUGAUUGUCCCCCCGGUGUAUGGACAUGCCUCGCAGAAACGCGCGACUAUAGGAUGAUUGAAGAACCCAACCAAGAGAACUUUGCUGUUGGAGUCGACAACGUCGCUGGCGUCGCCGCCGCCUGCCCGCCUGGAGUAUGGACCUGCGUGCAUUUUAGUAAGCGACAAGCAGCGAAAAGAAAAACGAUGCUGGAAAAAAUGUCGAAGCAGCGAAGGAGAGUCCAGAGAUCGGUUAAGAACUGUCCCCCCGGAAUCUGGGUGUGUUAAGCCUCGAGUACGAUCCGCCCAAACGUCUUCAAGAUUAUUUUGACGAACCGUAGAAUGCUACGAAAAGAACCGUGUUGUAGUUUCGCUCCUUAACUUAACAAUAUUAGCCUUCCAAUUUAAAAUUAUUAUAUAUUUAAACCUAUUUUAAAACAUUCCUCUGCUAAAAGGUUAAAGAACUGAGUUUUAUUUAAAGCAUGCAUUUAGUGUUAUUAUUUGUCUGGUUUGUUUAGCCCUUGGGGCGAAGUACUGGAUUAAAAACA